AGAGGGUCUCGUACCAUCAACCAGAGAGAAAGUUUAACAUUUCUAGUUUCAUUUAAUAGGAUCAUAUUUGAAUAAAAUAAAAUUUAUAUAUAUAAACGCGCGUUUAUAUAAUUAAUUUUUUUGUAUAAUAGUGUUUCGAUAAGGAAUGCCAUGGUUUCAUAAAGAAAAGUUUUAGCAUGCAUAAAUUAGAUCGCAUCAAACAAUUAUGGAGAACCCUACGAUUUGUUUGUGCUAUCAUCCACCCUUACGUCGUCCUUGUUUUUCUUCCAUUCGCAUUACCUGGAAUUACGAUGGCUGAUUUUAAUCUACGUGAUAUAGAAAAUGGUGUCGUAGAUCUUAUGGAAAGUACUGGGAUGUAUCAAGAACCCAGUGGUGUAACUGUUACAAAUAAUCGAUGUAAUCGAAAUGAUACUGUUGCAUAUAAUAUCGCAGAAUAUUCUUUAUUAACUAUCAACACCAAUGCUGUCUUUCCUAACGGAUUGAUCAAUAAUUUUUCUAUUAUCGUUGUUGCCAAAACCAAACUUGAUUAUCCCAUGGCAACAUUGUUUUCAAUUUACGACGAUGGUGGUCAGGAACAAAUGAUUUUAUCAAUCGGCAAAGACGUAACAUUUUUUUACGAUACUUCUGACAACGUUAACGAAGACAUGGCAGAAUCAAUAUCUUUCGGUACAGAUAUUUCCGAUGGUAAAUGGCAUCGUUUGAGCAUAAGCGUUAAGGGAAAUGCAAUAACACUUUUGUUAGAUUGCAAAAUAGAAAUAACGAAAGAAUUGAAAAGAAAUCUAUCGGAUAGCAUUAACGUAAAUGGUAUCGUCAUAAUUGGUCAACAACUUAUGGAAGAGAAAAUAUAUUUGGGAGGAUUGGAACUUUUGAAGAUUGCACCAACACCGGAUACCGCGUACGAACUUUGUACGAUAUUUGCACCAGAUUGCAAAGAAAAAGAUGAACCUAAAUCUUUGAAUAUAUCUGUCUACGAUAGGCAUACCAAUUACGAUGAUUUUGAUGAUAUGGAAGAUAACGAGAAAGAUAAUUACAACGAAGAUGAUUUAAAAGCAUUCCCAUUACGAUACGUUCCUACGAAUUACACGUUUAUUUUGAGACCAACUAUGGAAACCAACGAACAAUCUCUUACACAAACGUACGAUACAAACGAGGUAUCUACGACAGAGAGUUACACGAGGGAAACUUUUACAACGGAAGAAAAUAUUUAUCCGACAAUCGUAUCUUACAAUGUACCAUCAAGUUCGAAUACAAACGAGGAUUCUUAUUACAAAUAUUACAAUCUUCGUGGAUCACCAGGACCUAGGGGUUACCCGGGUCCACCAGGAAUGGCUGGACCACCUGGUAAAAAAGGUGAACCUGGGAAAGAUGGAUUGUCAGGUGUACAGGGUGCACCUGGUCCACCUGGUCACGUAUUUAUGAUACCAUCGAUAGGAAUAAGUCAGCAAGGAAAUGAAAAAGGUCCUGAUUCUCAAACAGAAGUAUUGAAACAAGUUUUAUCGCAAUACAUGGUAGCAAUGAGAGGUAGCGAGGGUCCAAUGGGAUUGACUGGUAUUCCUGGUUCUGAUGGGCCUCCGGGACCUCAAGGACAGAAGGGAGAACCAGGUGACGUAGGUGAGCCUGGACCUAGAGGAGAGAGAGGAAUACCUGGGAAUACUGGUAGGGAAGGUAGAAGAGGAAGACCUGGAAGAGAUGGAGAACGUGGUCCUACUGGACCACCUGGUAUAAAGGGUGAACAAGGUCCACCUGGAUUACCAGGUUUGCCAGGAGAUAAAGGUGAGAGAGGACCACCAGGAGCUGUUGGUGAACCAGGAUUACCUGGUCAUGAAGGAAUGCAAGGUGACGAUGGACCACCUGGUCUGCCAGGAUUACCUGGCGAAUUGGGACCGAGAGGUUUUAUCGGGCCACGUGGUUUCCCGGGAAUGCCAGGUAAUCCUGGCAUACCCGGGAGCGAAGGUUCUCCAGGUGCGAAAGGAAAUACUGGAUUAUCGGGUCCUCCUGGAUCACUUGGUCCACCUGGACCAGUGGGACCUGUUGGUCCACCUGGUCCUCAGGGGCCUUUGGGACCAACUGGAUUAGCUGGACCACAAGGAAAACCUGGUAUACCAGGUCUUCCUGGAGCAGAUGGUCAUCCAGGAAAUCCAGGUAAUCCUGGAGUUCCUGGUUUGAAAGGUGAACAAGGCAUAAUGGGUCCACAAGGAUCUAUAGGAUUUCCUGGCAUACGUGGUCCGAAAGGAGACGAUGGUAAACGGGGAUUACCAGGUGAUCGAGGUGAAAAAGGUGAUAGAGGGAUUGAAGGGGAAAAAGGAGAUCCAGGUAUGAAAGGAGAAAGAGGACAACCAGGGCCACAAGGAGCUCCCGGAGUCGAAGGUACGGAAGGACCAAAAGGAUUUGAAGGAGUUCGUGGUGAACAGGGUCCGACUGGAUUACCUGGAGAAAAAGGUAAAAUAGGUGUACCUGGUUUCGCUGGAUAUCCGGGAAAUCCUGGUGAGAAGGGUGAUAAAGGUCAGAUUGGAAGAGAAGGCUUGAGCGGGGAAAAGGGGGAAAGGGGAAAUAAUGGUUUACAAGGUGAUCGUGGCGAGUUAGGUCCCAGAGGUUUCAGAGGUGUUCGUGGUAGAAGAGGUUCCGAAGGAUUACCAGGUCCAAAAGGUGAUACUGGUCAACCAGGACCUCCAGGAUUACCGGGAGAACCUGGAUCACCAGGAAUAGAAGGUCCACGUGGAUUUGUAGGAUCACCGGGACAACUCGGACUUGAUGGAAAGGAUGGUAUUCCCGGGCUUCCAGGAGAACGUGGGCCAAUUGGUGAAUCUGGCCCUCCAGGACCAGUUGGAUCGCCUGGUGUGAUUGGUCCACAAGGUUCACCUGGAGAACCUGGUCAGCCAGGUGAGCCUGGUAUUCCUGGUAGUCCUGGUGUACCAGGAGAAAUUGGUACAUCAGGUGAGCAAGGUAAAGAAGGUCCACCUGGUCCUCAAGGAUUACCUGGAAAAGAAGGGCCACCUGGUCCUACAGGAUUGCCCGGAUUUCCUGGUGAAAGAGGAUUGGCUGGAUUGCCGGGUACACCUGGGUUGAAAGGAGAAAUGGGACCUAUUGGUUUCCCGGGACCAUCAGGAGACAAAGGUGCUCAAGGAGAAUCUGGAAAAGAUGGAGCUAUAGGUCCGGAAGGUAGACAAGGCCCGAAAGGACCGCUUGGUCCUCCUGGCUUGAAAGGCGAAAGGGGUGAAGCUGGUUUACCAGGGCCGAUUGGUAGAGAUGGUUUACCAGGACAACGAGGAUUACCAGGUCCUCCUGGUCCAGUCGGUGUUCCAGGAGAAGAUGGUGAUAAAGGAGAUAUUGGGCCACCCGGUGAAAAAGGUUUUAAAGGUUCUCAAGGUUCAACUGGGCCAGUAGGGCCACCGGGACUUCAAGGACCACGGGGAGAGCCAGGUUUAGUAGGAGUAACAGGUGAAAAAGGACCACCUGGUGAAAUAGGUAGACAAGGAAUGAAAGGUGAAGAUGGUCCAAUUGGUGUACCUGGUCCUGCGGGACCUGUAGGACCACAAGGUCUUCCUGGCCCACCAGGAUCAAAAGGAGAGAUUGGAGAUACGGGUCAAAUAGGACUUGCUGGUCCAGCAGGUAGUCCAGGAGAGCCAGGUGACAAAGGGCCGAGAGGUGCAGACGGUUUACAAGGUUUGCAAGGUCUCGAAGGUCGUCAAGGAGAGAAAGGAGAUAGCGGUUUACCUGGACUUCCAGGAGUAGCUGGUGCUGAUGGAAAUACGGGAGAACAAGGCCUUCCGGGACAAAAAGGAGAAGAAGGUAAAGCAGGUCCACCUGGUCCUCCUGGAAAUCGUGGCCCGGUUGGUCCAGAGGGACCGAAAGGAAACGUUGGUUCUCCUGGUUUUCCUGGGCCUCCAGGUGAGCCAGGGUUAUUAGGUCCUAAAGGAGAACCCGGUAAAGACGGGGACGAUGGUGGACCGGGAGAACCUGGACCUCCAGGCGAAAUUGGGCCAACUGGAAAAGAAGGUUUAACCGGUACACAAGGAAGACCGGGUCCAGAAGGGCCAGCAGGAAUACAAGGUAAUACAGGUUUGCCAGGAGAUAAAGGUGAAGUUGGACCACCGGGUAUACCGGGAUCUCAAGGUCGACCAGGUGCAGAAGGCCAGCCAGGUCCUCCAGGUUUACCCGGUGUAAGAGGAUUGGCAGGUUCAGCGGGAGAAAUUGGACAACCAGGAAUUCCAGGAGCUGUUGGGUUACCUGGGAAAGUUGGUCCUGAAGGACCAAGAGGUCCUAAAGGUGAUAGAGGUCGGAGAGGUAUUAAAGGACAUCGUGGUGAUAUUGGUCCGAUUGGAAUGAAAGGUGAUCAGGGAGAAAAGGGUGAAAAAGGAAUACGUGGUAGUACCGGACCAGAAGGUCCUAAAGGAAAUACAGGGCCAAUCGGUUUAAUUGGUUUGAAAGGCAACGAUGGACCACCGGGUUUACCUGGUUUGGAAGGGCCACCAGGACCCAAAGGUCACACUGGUAACGAUGGAUCAAAAGGUGAUAUAGGACCACCAGGUCCACCUGGUCCACCUGGUCCUCCAGCGGAACAACCAAUGAUUCCACCUGAAUUAUUAUUCACUCAGUCGCACUUGUAUAAAAGGAAACGUGAAAUUUUGGAAGAUACAAAAGAUGAUAACGAAAAGAAGGAGAAUGAUUUAAACAAAGAGGAAAUAGAAAAGGACGAUGGCAACGAAUUAGGAUCGAAAUUUUUAGACGUUUAUAGUUCUAUUUACAGUAUGCGACAAGAAUUGGAUCGAAUAAGAAAACCAACUGGUACUAGAGAAAAUCCUGUUAGAACUUGUAAAGAUCUAUUUUACGGUCAUCCACAUUUCAAUGAUGGUUGGUACUGGAUUGAUCCUAAUUUAGGUAUGCCUGACGAUGCCGUUUAUGUUUAUUGCAAUAUGACAAAUAUGGGGGAAACUUGUGUAUUCCCGGAUACUCACAGUAGUCAAAUGCCAAAUAUACCAUGGAGAAAGGAUGAUGACAAAGGCAAUUGGUAUUCCAAUUUGCGUGGUGGAUUUCGAAUCACUUACGAGACCAUUGGUGAUAUUCAAUUAAAUUUUUUACGUUUGCUCAGUCAGGAGGGUUAUCAAAAUUUUACAUACACCUGUAUGAACAGUAUAGGUUGGUAUAAUGCACCUAACAAUAGUUAUGAUUCGUCGAUACGUUUGUUAGGUAUAAACGACGUUGAAUUUUCUUAUAAUAAUAACAAACCAAUUGUUCUCGUUGAUGGUUGUAAAUCCCGUAAGAGUAAAAGUGAAACGGUAUUUAAUGUUAAAGCGGAUAAACUCGAUAAAUUACCGAUUAUAGAUUUUCAUCCUUUCGAUUAUGGUUUACCUCAUCAGGCUUUUGGUUUUAACGUUGGUCCACUUUGUUUGAAAUAACAUUACCAACGGAUCUGGGAUUUAGUAUUAACAUAAUUAUAAUAUAAUAGGAAUGUUUUAUAUAUAUAUAAUUCAUGUAUACGUCUCAUCUAUGAAGGGUUUUCGAUAUUUUAUUAAUUAUUUAUCACUCCUAUUAGACAAAUGACUCCAUUUUGCAAACUUACGACACGUGGACACAUUUUUUUUUUUUAACGUUAAGUACUAUGCAUUUAUUAUACGAUGAUUUUUGUUUAAAUAA